UGUCUGUCUCUCUCUCUCAGUGGAAGUGUAUCUCUGGAAUACCAGCGCAAAGAUCCCUCAAACAAGCUUCAUAUUUCUUCUGUGAGCCAUGGCUGAGAGAAGACUCCUUCCCCAGGAGGAUGACCAGGGUUCCCUGCUGUCCAGACUGGGCACCGACAGCCCUAAACCCCGGGUGAAGUUCGGAGGGAUGUUCUGCAACAUCGAAGGAGCUUUUGAGAAUAAAACCUUGAAUUUUGAGUCGUACAGCCCUAGUUCUGUCAGGAGAAACCCUCGAGGACGAGUGGACGAUCAGAGGGAUAAUUUCAGCGACACUUCGAGCAUGAGUGAUUUCAGCAGCGUGAGUCAAACGGCUCCGAGCCGAACGCAGCCCACACCGUCCCGCAGUUCACAGGGUCAGACCCUCGUUUAUCCCACCGAACCCGGGCGCGCGCAUAUCGGCCGACGAGAGAGUGAUAAACUCAUCAUUAAAGGUGGAAAAAUCGUAAAUGAUGACCAGUCAUUUUAUGCUGACAUUUACAUGGAAGAUGGAACCAUUAAGCAGAUUGGUGAGAACCUCAUUGUACCUACCGGCGUGAAGACAGUGGAUGCCUAUGGGCACAUUGUGAUCCCGGGAGGCAUCGAUGUGAACACCUGUCUACAAGCCACUCACCUGGGCAUGACCCCAGCAGAUGACUUCUAUCAUGGCACCAGAGCUGCUCUGAUGGGAGGAACCACCAUGAUCAUUGACCAUGUUGUGCCUGAACCGGGAACUAGUUUACUGGCAGCGUAUGACCAGUGGAGGGAUACGGCGGACAAGAGGUCGUGCUGUGACUACUCUCACAACAACAACAUCACCCGCCAUCAAGAACUGCUUUAUGAGCAGCAGCAUCAUAUUAAAAAAAAAAAAGGGGUGAACUCCUUCCUGAUCUUCAUGGCUUAUAAGGACAAGUAUCAGAGCUCUGAUACACAGAUCUAUGAGAUGUUUAGUGCCAUGAGGGAACUGGGUGCCAUCGCACAGGUUCAUGCUGAAAACGGUGACAUCAUUGAGGAGGAACAGAAGAAGCUUUUGGAUCUGGGAAUCACUGGCCCAGAAGGACACGUCCUGAGUCACCCGGAGGAGGUGGAGACUGAGGCUGUGUAUCGAGCCAUCACCAUUGCUAAACAGGCCAACUGCCCUCUCUACAUCACAAAGGUGAUGAGCAAACCAGCUGCUGAUGUCAUCGCCAAGGCCAGGAAAAAGGGUAUGGUCAUCUAUGGAGAACCAAUUGCUGCCAGCCUGGGCACGGACGGCUCGCACUACUGGAGCAAAAACUGGGCCAAAGCUGCUGCAUUCGUCAUGUCUCCUCCGCUCAGUCCCGACACAAGCACGCCGGAGUACCUCAGCUCACUGCUGUCCUGUGGAGAUCUUCAGGUGACGGCCAGCGCUCACUGCACCUUCACCACGGCACAGAAAGCUGUUGGAAAGGACAACUUCACCCUCAUUCCGGAGGGGACCAACGGCAUCGAGGAGCGUAUGAGCAUCGUCUGGGACAAAGCUGUGGCAACCGGUAAAAUGGACGAGAAUGAUUUUGUUGCAGUAACGAGCACAAAUGCUGCAAAAAUCUUCAACCUGUAUCCUCGGAAAGGCCGAAUCGCUGUAGGAUCGGAUGCUGAUAUAGUCAUCUGGAACACCAAGGAGACAAAAACCUUUUCUGCCAAAUCUCACAAUCUGACAGUGGAGGUGAAUAUCUUUGAGGGAAUGGAGUGCCGAGGUUUCCCUGUGGCGGUCAUCAGUCAGGGCAGGAUCGUUCUAGAGGACGGGAAUCUCAAUGUGACCGAGGGUUCAGGCCGCUUCAUCCCCAGAAAAGCCUAUCCGGACUUUGUCUACAAGAGGAUCAAGGCACGAGGCAGGAUGGCUGAUGCUCGUGGUGUUCCUAGAGGAAACUAUGAUGGUCCCGUUCAUGAUGUCAUCAGUAUGACCAAAUCUAUGUCAGCCACUCCGUCCACUAGAGGGCCCUCAUGUCCAGGAAAGACCCCAGUGGGACCAGCUAGAAAUCUGCACCAAUCUGGGUUCACUUUAUCUGGCACUCAAAUGGAUGACCACAUCCCCAGGCGUACGUCACAGAAGAUUGUAGCGCCACCUGGAGGCCGUUCCAAUAUCUCAUCCCUCUCAUGAACCACGUCCACCAGGGGAUCCAACAACAGCAGUUCGGCCUCCUCCGGCUUCCAGUUUUUUAUUACCUGAAUCAUGCAAAUAUUAAUCGCAAUAAAUCCAUACUGCCAACCCACUAGGCUAUGCAGCAACUCACUAUAGCUUUCCAUGAAUUCAUAUUCACUAUAUAAUCUGCCUCUCCUCUGGUCAGACUCACUCAUAAUGUAGCAUGCUCUUUUAUCAGUCACCCAGAAUCCAUUCUGCUUUAGCGUAGCAUUGAUGGCGUAAAGACGGCAAGUGGUUGUGUUUGUGAACUACUGAAUGAAUCUCAUUCUAGUACUGCCUUUUAACCGGUGCUUUCCUCCUGUGACUUAUAGAUUCAGACGAGACGAUUAAAAAGGGAAGUGUGUUUUCUAUGGAAGCCUGUUUAUGCCACAGAAAAAAAAAAAAAAUUAAAUUAAAUAAAACAGGUAAUUAAUACUUUUUUAAAUUGCAGGAAUUUAACUCUGAAAAUUAAACUUUGGAGGGAAAAAAAUUAAUUAUGAGAUCUUAACUCUCAGAACUGUAAAAUGUAAAUUUGGAAGUCUGGAGAGGAAAAAAAAACAAUUAUGGAACGUAAACUUGAAAUUCUGAGGGGGGUGGGGGGGAGCAGAAUUAUGAGAUACAAUUUUGGAAUUCUAAGGAAAAAAACUGAAUUAUGAGAUAUAAACUCAGAAUUGUGAGAUGUGUGGAUUCUGUGUAUGAAAUCAUGAAUUCUGACUUCUCUCAUAAAAUUGCGAGUUUCUGACUUUUUUCUCAGAAUAUGCAAAUCAAACUGAUGUGAAAAACUUGACGUUGAUUUGAUGUAAAUUGAACGUCAAACAUAUUGGCCUACAUAUACAUUAAAUCAAUUUCAGUGGGGAAUUAACCUCCUAUUUUCACCCAAUUACCACUGGAAGAAAUUGCUGUCCAAACUGAAUUUAAAAUGAUGUUACAGCAUCUCGUCUUCAUGACUAAAGUUUUAUGUCAGAUUGAUUUCGAGGUGCCUGCUGGGAAGUCACAAGUAGCCUUUUUAUUUAUUUUUUAUUCCAUGGUGGAAACAGGCUUCCACAGUUUUCUGCACCAGUAGUGAUGUAAAAAUAACACUUCAUCUUUAAGAGAUUGUGUUGCAUUGUGCUUUAAAGAAAAAUCAAGAACUACCCACUGAUGGUCUUAGUUCUAAGAUACACAGAAAAAAAGAAACUGUUAUUGUUAGGCUUGUCCAUGUUGUAUCUGAGACUAGAGAAAAAAAAAUGGAUUGUAGACUUCUGCUUCUAACUGCAUUCAUGAUUUACGGUUUUGUUUUGAAAGCUAAGACUCAUCACACAGAUACAGCAAUCAGAAAUGCAUUUUUUGUAUGUUUCUAAGAUGACGUUUGGUGCUCUCAAUCUACAGAUCCAACACAUGCCAAUGUGUUACUGUGAGGAAUAGUCACUUUUUGAACCCAGAUGAACGUUUUUUAAUUCUUUUGAGGUUUAUAUUCCUGUAAUGCAUUUAAUCGCCAAGUCUUUUUGUAGUCUUAACCGGUAUUUGCUGGAAAUCUCUAUAUUAGAUUUAAUGUAACUUUCGUGAGAUAUUCCAGAGUUGAAUGUGAAGGUCAGUGAAGCUGAGAGAAAGCGAUCAGUGGAUUGUCUUUUCUACCUUCUUGUUCAUUCUGUAAAUAUAUUUUGUUUUUCAUUUUUGUGCAUGGUUUGCAUGUCCUCAAUAAUAAAAAAAAAGUUU